AAAAAAAAAAAAAAAAAAAAAAAAAAAAAACUCUCAUAUCCUCUCAAGAUUGCUACUCAUCUUCCUCAUGUAAUCACGUUAACAGCGAUCAUCAAAGGAGGUAUAAUUUUAACUUUUAAGCAUGUAAGCUAAAUUCAACCGCUCACAGUAAAUAGGACAUUGCAUUUAUAGAUUUUAAGGACUAACAUAUAAGUCUAACUAAGCUUGUCUCUGAGUCGAGGUAUCAUAUAAAGGAUGGAUUUGAAUAAUCUCUUGCGAGUAAAGAAGAACUGAUGAGGAGAAACGAACAUAGAUUUUAGAAUGUAAGGAUUGAUUGUGAUAGGAUAUGAAACUCACUUAUGUUUCCAUUGACACGCUUGUGGUAUCGCCGGCACGUGAAAUUCUAAUCCUUAAUAAUACAUGCAUGUUCAGAAGGGAUAGCGUUAGCGUGUGAUGCGAUACAACUUAUCUAUGGACUAUAUGCUACCAACGGAGAAGAGAAAUCAACCGUUUAACUGAAAUCCAAAAGGCAACGACCAACUGAAUCUCGAAAAACAUUGGGAGAAAAAAAAAUGAUUAAGAUUCUCUCAUGGUAAAUUUUGUUGUGUUUGUAAGUAAAAAAGAUAUGAAAUAAUCGUAAUAAAAAAUAUCAUUAUUUAUUUCGUUAAGAAUUAAGACCAAUUUUCACGGUUCAUAUGUUUAAUGGGUUGUUGCUUCAGGCCCUCCUAUUACACUGGGGCCUCCUUUACAUACCCUUCUACUGACUAGAACUGCCCUUGUUGAACUGGAAACCAAAUGGGUAUUUACAAUUAUCUAAAUAUUUAAAUCAGCAGAGAGUGUAGUGAUCUAGAAGUAGAAGUAGAAGAUUUUAGAUUUGAUGGGUAUCCGUACAGCACUAGUCGGUGUCUGAAUCGGCAUUGGCAUUGGCAUUGGCAUUGGCUCCCUUAAAAGGUAGUUCUCCACCCACCUAAGACCUAACGCAUUGGUGUUCUGAGAUGGCUCGUCUUGCCACCUUAUCGGAGGAACCGGUGAGCGAACAAGACAAGAAAAGAAGCUCCUCCAACAAAUGGCGCAAGUGGAAGUGGAUAUCACUGUUCCAGAAGAAGCAGGACCUCAAGAUCCUCCUCAGCGUCCUCGCUUGCCCUCUCUUCCCCGUCCCUCUCCCUCUCCCUCCCCACUCCAUUCCUCCCCACCUCUCCUCCUCCGCUCACUACAUCAUCCAACACUUCACCGCCGCCACCUCUUCCCGCAACUUCCACGCCACCGUCAAGAACGUCUUCGCCACCGGCAACCUCCAAAUGUCCGCCGUCGAUCAUCUCGGACUCUCCCACUCUGGCUGCUUUGUCAUCUGGCAAAUGUUCCCUCACAAGUGGCUGUUUGACUUGGUUGCCGCCUCUCACAAGGUUCUCGCCGGUAGCGAUGGCACCGUCGCUUGGCGCCAUACCCCUUGGCUCCGUGCACACGCCGCCAAAGGCGCCGUUCGCCCUCUUCGACGCGCUCUUCAGGGACUGGACCCUUUGGCAGUUUCUGCUGUAUUCUGUGCUGCGCAAUACAUGGGAGAAAAGCAAAUCUCAGGCAUGGAUUGUUUCGUUUUAAAGGUGUCAGCAGAUCAGAAGGACCUGGUGGAGCGCAGUGAUAGCACUGCUGAGAUGAUCAAGCACGUUGCAUUUGGCUACUUCAGCCAAAAAAAUGGGCUUCUAGUGCACCUUGAGGACUCUUACCUCACCCGGAUUCAAUCACCUGGGACACACCCCACGUAUUGGGAGACCUCGAUGUCAACCAAAAUUGAGGAUUACCGAAUGGUGGAUGGUGUCAUGAUUGCACAUGCUGGCCAUUCAACUGUGAUCAUCACAAGGUUUGGAGACAAUCAAAAGACGGGCCCUGCCAUCACACGGUUGGAAGAAUCCUGGACCAUUGAUGACGUUGCAUUCAAUGUCCCUGGCUUAUCCAUGGACUGCUUCAUACCCCCCAAGGAACUCAACAAACACUAUCCACAUGAAGAUCUAGAUUGGAGAUCACCCUUGCAUGAAGCAUGAUCAAAACCUUGGAGGACUUUUUGCUAAAUAAUUUACUUGUUUUUCAUAAUGCUAACUACUAUUAUUUGGAGUAUGUUUGGAUACAGAUUUAUAAAAGCUUUUGAAAGUUUUUCUGAUCUUUAUUUUCUUUCAAAUUUUCAUUUGAAAAUUUCUCAAAAAUUUUUUUAAGUUUGUAUCCAAACUAGUCAA